GAGACAUUCCACGUCCAUCUCAAUUACCGUUGUAAUCUGAGUUCAGCUGUCUUCUUUUACUUCUCCUCCUCCUUUUUCUUCUUCCUCCCCAAUGUAGAUUAUCGGAGCAAACAUGACGAGAGAUUGAGCAAAGAUUACACUACGAAAGCUGCUGUAUACCCAUUCCAGUAUAUGAUCAGUUUAUGGAAACGAACUUUUGUCCAACAGAUGCGCAACUUCUUCUUCCUCGAGAUAUUUUUUCCGCAGAACAUACUGUGUCGGAAGUCAUUGAACAACGGCGGCAGAAUCCGAUAAAAUGGAAAACGCUUCCUCUCCUCAUUCUACCAUGAAUGCAAGCAAUCCACAUUUUGCGGCAAAUCAAGGGCUAGGAUUACUCUUUUCUGACGCCAGAAGCCCAGUGAGAGAUAGAGAACCGCACGCAAAUCUCAAUCCACCCAAGUCAAAUCAGCAUCUCCAAGGCAACACGGUUUUCGAUGCCCGAUUUUGGCAAGAAAAUGUCCCAAUGCUAAUACAAAACGAUGUCGCCGUCCAAUCUGCCAAUCUAGCUGUCCUCACCCUUAUAUACGCCCAGUCAGCAGUUGGUGUGGGAUGCAAUCACUAUGAGAAAGCCUUGUGGCAUUACGGCCGAGCUCUUCAGUUCGUAAGAGAGACAAGCACCUCUCAAGAGAGCCUGCGACCAGCCAUUCUAUGUUCCCUGUUCUUUGUAAUCUUUGAAAUCAUGAACGGGAAUACAGAUGCCGCAGAGUCGCACUUGUGGAACGGAGAAAAGAUGGUUUUGGAGCUUCAACGCCUGGAAUCACGACCUAGAAGUAUAGAUGUGGACGGAGAAGGGAUUUUACGACGGGAGUUACCUUGCGCGCUCCAGUUUCUGAUGUUGCAGAGCGAUACGCCGAACCUCAAUUUUGAGAGAGCAGGUUAUUUGGAAGCGUUUAUUCGGACAGCUACAAACCCGGAUCGCGUACCGAAUAUUGUUCCCGGGACAUAUCCAGAUGAAAGAACGGGGAGGGUUGAGAGGUUAUUAUAAGUAGGCAAUUUUAUUAUGAUGGACAAUGCACCUGUCAUUUUUGAGUUGAACUAUUUCGCAGACAAACACUUCUUUUUCUACAUGUAUUUCUCCACCUCCCUAAUCUUCUUCUCUAUACAUGUGAAUUCAACCUUGCAU